AUGACCAACAACAAUGAUACUCCCGCUAGCGAGAGUUCUUCCUCCAACCCCAUCCCUCCCCCCGUCGAGGGGAGCCCCCGCCCCGCCAACCCACGCAGCCGCGGCUCUCCUCCGCAGAAUCCCGUCGAACUGCCCCUCUUUACUCAGACCCCGCCCCGCACUCCUCCCACCAUGGGCGCCCCCGGCCGAACCGCCUUCGGCGCCUACCGGGCCCCGCCCCCGCCUCCGCCCCAGCAGUGGCCGUACCCUGGCUCGAGCCAUGGCCUCGGAGGAAGUAGAGGCUUCGGCGCUCAUGCAAUCCCCGUAGGCGGCGGCGGUGGUGGGAGCGGCAGUGGAGGCGGGGGCAUCCGAAUCGGAGGUGGCUUGGCGGCCAGGAAGAGGAACCGUGAUGGCGGGGCCGGCGGUGGUGCAAGGAACCCAGAUGGAGCUGGUGACGGAUACCAUUACUGUAGUGUCUGUAACAAGGGCUUUAGCUCUACGAAAGCCCUGUUUGGGCAUAUGCGGUCCCACCCCGACCGGGGAUGGAAAGGAGUUCACCCGCCUCCGACUUUUAGGGCGGAAGAAGAGUUUGCCGACCUCCAUAUGGCCGGCGAUGAGGAAGCAGCGGCGGAGGAUGCGGGAGAGGAGGAGGGGAACUUUAGGGUUCCGGACUUGAACCAGCCGCCGCCGGAGGAUUCCAACUGA